AUGGCUUCGGCAGGAAAACCAAAUCUUGAUGACAGUAGACGGAGUACUGGCUCUCCGAAGCUCAAAGGACGCGAACACACCAAAGACACACUUUGCCGCAAUGUGACAAUAUAUGGCCGCUGUCGAUAUGAGGAUAAAGGCUGCGCAUUUAAUCAUGACCCGCAAAGAGGCAAUGUAACGCAAAGUGCUGAAUUUGCCAAAAAGCGUUUAAAUGUUGACUCGCCGAGCUUCACACCGGCCGCUACACCUCUCAAUGGGUCAUCUGGUCUGAAGAAGUCUGCAACAAUCUCUCCCAAAGCUGCCAGCGCUGCCCCCUUCCUCCCUAAGAGCGUACUAUCACGAUCCAAUGCUGCAACGCCUCAAAAUGUAGCGGAUAGCUCUACACCUGAUUGGUCAAUCGGCGAAAUCCAAGAUUUCGUUCCUCAGGGUUUUGACAGUUCACAAGUGGAUACAAUUCAUGGACACGGCAACGGAACGCUUUCAGCUCCAUGCUAUGAUCCGUUCGUUUCAUCUACUGCGUCAUCGGGGGGCUCUAGCGCUGUUGGCCACCAGGUACAACCCAAUCCGUACUCACACGACCCGUCAGCGAUGGGUGGGCCCGCCUUUUUUGGGGCCCAGAGUGCUUUCCAACAACCAGUCCAAUACCAUCUAUAUGCCCCCGUUGGACCACAUAACCAGAACAUUCUAGGCUACCAACGAAAUGUACACGAUCUAUUCCUACCAAAUUCCUUUCGAGAAGAACUACAAAAGAAAGCAGCGGCUACACUUCAGACACUACCCAACUCUCAGCUUCCCGCCCAGAUAGACUAUUUUCACUCACUUGUACCGCUUGACCUUUCGCAUCAAAAAAAUGCUGCAAUUUUUGGGUAUCCUAGUUGGGUAUAUAAAGCACAAUCCAGCAAGGAUGGAAAUUUUUAUGUUCUCAGGCGGCUAGAGGGAUUUCGAUUGACGAAUGAAAAAGCGAUUCGAUCAGUGCAAAACUGGAAACGGGUGAGCUGUGGAAGUGUAGUCACUGUUCACGACGCCUUCACCAAUCGCAGUUUUCAAGAUAGCUCGCUUGUUUUCGUCACGGAUUAUCACCCGUUAUCCAAAACACUCGCCGAACAACACCUUGUUGAUGGCCAUGGUCGCUAUCAGAAUCGCCAUAAUUCUGGCCAUAUUCCGGAGCAGAUACUGUGGAGCUAUGUGACGCAAAUCGCAAAUGCCUUGAAAGCAAUUCAUACCGCUGGCUUAGCGGCUCGUGUUAUUGAGCCCAGCAAGAUUCUUCUCACUAGCAAGAACCGAGUUCGGUUGAACGCCUGCGCUAUCCUAGAUGUCGUACAGUUUGAUUCGCAAAGGCCUCUCGCUGAUCUUCAGCAACAAGAUUUAGUUAACUUCGGUCAACUUAUAUUAGCGCUUGGUGUUAAUUCAUCCUCUGUUGCUCACAAUCCAACAAAGGCCAUGGAACGCCUCAGUCGCAUCUACAGCGGGCAAUUGAACAACUCGGUCUUCUGGCUACUAAACUGUAUGCAAAAAGAUCAAGAGCGGACGAUCGAUGUCUUCAUUUCUGGCAUCUCAUCACAGCUAAUAUCCACUUUCGACUCCUCUCUACACCUCGACGACCAGCUUAUCUCAGAUCUUAGCCGUGAAUUAGAGAAUGCUCGACUUGUUCGGCUAGUCACCAAACUUAACUUCAUUAACGAACGACCAGAGUAUGAACAUGACCGCCAGUGGUCUGAAAAUGGGGAACGAUAUUUCCUCAAAUUGUUCCGGGACUUCGUUUUCCACCAAGUCGACGCGCAGAACUCGCCCGUUGUUGAUUUAUGUCAUGCUCUAACUUGUUUAAAUAAGCUGGACGCUGGAGUCGACGAGAAGAUUACUUUGAUCAGUCGUGACGAACAAUCAUGCUUCAUUGUGAGCUAUAAAGAACUAAAAAAGGCUGUGGAAACGUCAUUUCAGGCUUUGCUGAAACCGGCACGGAGAAUUUAA